AUUUUCUGCGACUGCAAAACGUGGAGGUGAAUGUGGGGCAGAAUGCCACAUUUCAGUGCAUUGCUGGUGGGAAGUGGUCUCAGCAUGACAAGCUUUGGCUCCAGCAAUGGAAUGGCAGGGACACGGCCCUGAUGGUCACCCGCGUGGUCAACCACAGGCGCUUCUCAGCCACGGUCAGUGUGGCAGACACUGCCCAGCGGAGCGUCAGCAAGUACCGCUGUGUGAUCCGCUCUGACGGUGGUUCUGGUGUGUCCAACUACGCGGAGCUGAUUGUGAAAGAGCCUCCCACGCCCAUUGCUCCCCCAGAGCUGCUGGCUGUGGGGGCCACAUACCUGUGGAUCAAGCCAAAUGCCAACUCCAUCAUCGGGGAUGGCCCCAUCAUCCUGAAGGAAGUGGAAUAUCGCACCACCACAGGCACCUGGGCGGAGACCCACAUAGUCGACUCUCCCAACUACAAGCUGUGGCAUCUGGACCCCGACGUUGAGUAUGAGAUCCGAGUGCUCCUCACACGACCAGGUGAGGGGGGUACCGGACCGCCAGGGCCUCCCCUCACCACCAGGACCAAGUGUGCAGAUCCGGUGCAUGGCCCACAGAACGUGGAAAUCGUAGACAUCCGAGCCCGGCAGCUGACCCUGCAGUGGGAGCCCUUCGGCUACGCGGUGACCCGCUGCCAUAGCUACAACCUCACCGUGCAGUACCAGUACGUGUUCAACCAGCAGCAGUACGAGGCCGAGGAGGUCAUCCAGACCUCCUCCCACUACACCCUGCGAGGCCUGCGCCCCUUCAUGACCAUUCGCCUGCGACUCCUGCUGUCUAACCCCGAGGGCCGAAUGGAGAGCGAGGAGCUAGUGGUGCAGACUGAGGAAGACGUUCCAGGAGCUGUUCCUCUAGAAUCCAUCCAAGGGGGGCCCUUUGAGGAGAAGAUCUACAUCCAGUGGAAACCUCCCAAUGAGACCAAUGGGGUCAUCACGCUCUAUGAGAUCAACUACAAGGCUGUUGGCUCGCUGGACCCAAGUGCUGACCUCUCCAGCCAGAGGGGGAAAGUGUUCAAGCUCCGGAAUGAAACCCACCACCUCUUUGUGGGUCUGUACCCAGGGACCACCUAUUCCUUCACCAUCAAGGCCAGCACAGCAAAGGGCUUUGGGCCCCCUGUCACCACUCGGAUCGCCACCAAAAUUUCAGCUCCAUCCAUGCCUGAGUACGACACAGACACCCCACUGAAUGAGACAGACACGACCAUCACCGUGAUCCUCGAUUCUCUACACUACUUUGCUGCUGAGUUGAAGCCUGCCAACCUGCCUGUCACCCAGCCAUUUACAGUGGGUGACAAUAAGACAUACAAUGGCUACUGGAACCCUCCUCUCUCUCCCCUGAAAAGCUACAGCAUCUACUUCCAGGCACUCAGCAAAGCCAAUGGAGAGACCAAAAUCAACUGUGUUCGUCUGGCUACAAAAGGUGCCUCCACUCAGAAUUCUAACACUGUGGAGCCAGAGAAGCAGGUGGACAACACCGUGAAGAUGGCUGGCGUGAUCGCUGGCCUCCUCAUGUUCAUCAUCAUUCUCCUAGGUGUGAUGCUCACCAUCAAAAGGAGGAAGCUGGCCAAGAAGCAGAAGGAGACCCAGAGUGGAGCCCAGAGGGAGAUGGGGCCUGUGGCCUCUGCUGACAAACCCACCACCAAGCUCAGCGCCAGCCGCAAUGAUGAAGGCUUCUCUUCUAGUUCUCAGGACGUCAACGGAUUCAAUGAAUCAAACACAAGUGCUCCCUUCCUCUCCAUUUCCAAUCACACCAUCACAGGAGUGAUAUUCGCUGGAAGGAUGCCUUUGAUGACAGCUAUUCAUGACAGCUGGGACACCUACAAGAAACAGUAUGGCAGCCGUGGGGAGCUUUCCCAGCCCACUCUCACGAUCCAGACUCAUCCCUACCGCACCUGUGACCCUGUGGAAAUGAGUUACCCCCGGGACCAGUUCCAGCCUGCCAUCCGGGUGGCUGACUUGCUGCAGCACAUCACGCAGAUGAAGAGAGGCCAGGGCUACGGGUUCAAGGAGGAAUACGAGGCCUUACCAGAGGGGCAGACAGCUUCGUGGGACACAGCCAAGGAGGAUGAAAACCGCAAUAAGAAUCGAUAUGGGAACAUCAUAUCCUACGACCAUUCCCGGGUGAGACUGCUGGUGCUGGAUGGAGACCCGCACUCUGACUACAUCAAUGCCAACUACAUUGACGGAUACCAUCGACCUCGGCACUACAUUGCAACUCAAGGUCCAAUGCAGGAGACCGUAAAGGACUUUUGGAGAAUGAUCUGGCAGGAGAACUCUGCCAGCAUCGUCAUGGUCACAAACCUGGUGGAAGUGGGCAGGGUGAAAUGUGUGCGAUACUGGCCAGAUGACACGGAGGUCUACGGAGACAUUAAAGUCACCCUGAUUGAAACAGAGCCCCUGGCAGAAUAUGUCAUACGCACCUUUACAGUCCAGAAGAAAGGCUACCAUGAGAUCCGGGAGCUCCGCCUCUUCCACUUCACCAGCUGGCCUGACCACGGCGUUCCCUGCUACGCCACUGGCCUUCUGGGCUUCGUCCGCCAGGUCAAGUUCCUCAACCCCCCAGAAGCAGGGCCCAUAGUGGUCCACUGCAGUGCCGGGGCUGGGCGGACUGGCUGCUUCAUUGCCAUUGACACCAUGCUUGACAUGGCCGAGAAUGAAGGGGUGGUGGACAUCUUCAACUGCGUGCGUGAGCUCCGGGCCCAGAGGGUCAACCUGGUACAGACAGAGGAGCAAUAUGUGUUUGUGCACGACGCCAUCCUGGAAGCGUGCCUCUGUGGCAACACUGCCAUCCCUGUGUGUGAGUUCCGUUCUCUCUACUACAAUAUCAGCAGGCUGGACCCCCAGACGAACUCCAGCCAAAUCAAAGAUGAAUUUCAGACCCUCAACAUUGUGACACCCCGUGUGAGGCCCGAGGACUGCAGCAUUGGGCUUCUGCCCCGGAACCAUGAUAAGAAUCGAAGUAUGGACGUGCUGCCUCUGGACCGCUGCCUGCCCUUCCUCAUCUCGGUGGACGGAGAAUCCAGCAAUUACAUCAACGCGGCACUGAUGGAUAGCCACAAGCAACCUGCCGCCUUCGUGGUCACCCAGCACCCUCUACCCAACACCGUGGCAGACUUCUGGAGGCUGGUGUUUGAUUACAACUGCUCCUCUGUGGUGAUGCUGAAUGAGAUGGACACUGCCCAGUUCUGUAUGCAGUACUGGCCUGAGAAGACCUCCGGGUGCUACGGGCCCAUCCAGGUGGAGUUCGUCUCCGCAGACAUCGACGAGGACAUCAUCCACAGAAUAUUCCGCAUCUGUAACAUGGCCCGGCCACAGGACGGUUAUCGUAUAGUCCAGCACCUCCAGUACAUUGGCUGGCCUGCCUACCGGGACACGCCCCCCUCCAAGCGCUCUCUGCUCAAAGUGGUCCGACGACUGGAGAAGUGGCAGGAGCAGUAUGACGGGAGGGAGGGACGCACUGUGGUCCACUGCCUAAAUGGGGGAGGCCGUAGUGGAACCUUCUGUGCCAUCUGCAGUGUGUGUGAGAUGAUCCAGCAGCAAAACAUCAUUGACGUGUUCCACAUCGUGAAAACACUGCGUAACAACAAAUCCAACAUGGUGGAGACCCUGGAACAGUAUAAAUUUGUAUACGAGGUGGCACUGGAAUACUUAAGCUCCUUUUAGCUCAAUGGGAUGGG